AUGCUUCCAUAUGGAAAUGCUCUCUGGUCUCUAUUGCCUGGGGAUGGGCUUCCAAUACGUGUCAAAGGUAGCUUUUUAUCAAGAUCAUCUUCUGUCAAGUCUGUGAUGAUUAGCAAUUCCGUCUUUGUUAAUGAUUCAGAUUCAGUUGAUGCUACUCUGUUUGUUGGCAUGGUAAAAAACAAUGACAAAUAUUAUGUGGGCAGAGAAAUUGGGCAUAUUGAUGGAUCAAUGGGAGAGAAUAGAAGCAUGGAGAAUAAUAUGACAUUAGGCAGGAAAGACCUGGUAAAUAAUCCUAAGCAUGUUGAAGAUGUGAUAGAAAAUGAUGAUUUUCCAUCUGAGGAUUUUGUAGAUUUGGAUGAGAAUUCUGCAGUAGAGAACAUUCGAGAUUAUAAUUCUUUCUUGGAAAAGGCAAAUGAAAGUACACGCAGUCUAUCGCCAGAGCAGAUUGUUGAACCAAGUGAUGGAACUUCAGCAGAAAAUAUUCUAGAGGCAGAUACAACUAUGAUGCCAGAGAUUAGGGGUGUAGUUCCAUCCCCUUCAAUUGUAUUGACCCCAAUAGAUUCCUUGAUUAACAUCACAUCUUCGGUAAAUUUGGCAUCUAAUGUAAGCAUUGUAAUUGGUUCUGCUUCUCUGAACAGAUCUUCGGGUGGAGUAGAAAAAAGAGUACUUUCAAAGGAUGAGACGCAUGUGAAAUUGCAAAGUGAUCAUGCAAUGUUAAAAAAUAACUCUGCAAUGAAGAAUGAUACACUUGGGAAGAAGAUGAGAUGUGAUAUGCCACCAAAAACAAUAAUGUCCAUAAAUGAGAUGAACCGGUUAUUAGUUCGGCAUCGCCGUUCUUCACGUGCAAUGAGGCCACGAUGGUCCUCAAUACGCGACCAGGAAAUUAUAGGUGCAAAAUUACAGAUUGAGAAUGCUCCUAUUGCAAUGAGUGAUGGAGAGCUCUAUGCUCCUCUCUUUAGAAAUGUUUCCAGGUUUAAAAGGAGCUAUGAACUCAUGGAACGCAUCCUCAAAGUUUAUAUCUACAAGGAUGGAGAAAAACCCAUCUUUCAUCAGCCAAUACUCAAGGGGUUAUAUGCCUCUGAAGGAUGGUUUAUGAAAUUGAUGGAGGGAAGUAAACAGUUUGUUGUGAAGAAUCCCCAAAAGGCACACCUUUUUUACAUGCCAUUUAGUUCACGGAUGCUUGAGUACACCCUGUAUGUACGCAACUCUCACAAUCGCACAAACCUACGUCAACAUUUGAAGCAGUACUCUGAAAAAAUUGCAGCAAAAUAUCGCUUCUGGAAUAGAACUGGCGGAGCUGACCAUUUUCUUGUUGCCUGCCAUGAUUGGGACUGGAACUAUGGGUGGUGUUUGGUAUCCUGA